AAAGACUCCCUUUUGCGCUCAUUGGAGAAAGACUCGCCUCUGCCCGGCUCUCGCGGUACUGAUGCACGAAGAUGGCGGCCGAACUGGUGGAAGCGAUGAACAUGGUGAAGAGUUUUCGGGUCUCAGACCUGCAAACACUGCUCUCCUCAAUGGGGCGCAGUAAAAGUGGUCUGAAGCAGGACUUGGUGGGGCGUGCGCUGAAGUUGGUGCAAACUGAGUACAGUCCAGAGCUUCUCAAGAACGUGAGGCAGCUGUAUGAGUCGCGGUUCCCCAAAUCGUCUGGGUGGCUGGCAGCACGGCGUCCCGAGGGUGUUCCAGUUGCCUAUGCUUCUCUCAACUCCUCCAGCAAUCUCACCUCUCAGGGUGCAGACUACCUCAAUGGCAUUUCCAAACCAUUGCCCACACCUGCGGCAGAAGUAAAGCUUGUGCCACUGCCCUUUUAUCACACUUUGGACACAUUACUACCACCAACAGAGCUGAUUGCCCAUAAUAAUGAAAAACUGCAGGACAGUCCACACAUAUUUGAGUUAACGCCCAAACAAGCGGACCAGAUUAGAAAUGCCAGUGAAAUUCGUCCUGGAAUUGGAUCGAUUCAAGUUGUUCUAAGAAUCUGCUACACAGACUCCAUUGGUGUUCAAGAGGACCAAUACCCCCCUAACAUUGCAGUCAAAGUGAAUCAGUCCUAUUGUCAUGUGCCGGGUUAUUAUCCAUCAAAUAAACCUGGAGUGGAGCCCCGUCGGCCCUGUCGCCCUGUAAAUAUCACUCCCUGGUUGCACCUCUCCAGUGUACCCAACAGAAUUACCGUCACCUGGGGAAACUUUGGCAAGCGAUACUCUGUGGCUGUGUAUUUAGUAAGAGUGUUCACUGCAGCAGACCUCUUCAACCAACUCAAAAUCUGCUCUGUUGAAAGUGCAGAACGCUGCCGUGAACGCAUUCAAGAUAAAUUAAGGUUUGACCCAGAGAGUGAAAUCGCUACCACAGGUCUCCGUGUUUCACUUAUCUGCCCAUUGGUGAAGAUGCGUCUUGGUGUGCCAUGUCGAGUUCUAACCUGUGCUCAUCUUCAGUGUUUUGAUGCCGUCUUCUUCCUGCAGAUGAAUGAGAAAAAACCCACCUGGACAUGUCCAGUGUGUGACAAACCUGCUCCUUAUGAGUUGCUUACUAUUGAUGGGCUGCUAUCUGAGAUUCUAAAAGAGACGAGUGAGGAUAUUGAGGAAAUUGAGUAUUUAACUGAUGGGUCUUGGCGACCAAUAAGAGAUGACAAGGAGAGGGAGCGAGAACGAGAACGCAGCAACACACCGGAGUAUCCUGUCGUUGAUAUAUGCAUUCCUGAGGCUAACGGGCACUCCCCAGCUCACAGCAGCACAAGUCUGACGGGCAAGUCCAGCAGUGGUUCAGUGGGAGGGGCAGGUGUCGCAGGAGCAGCUGUCCCACCAGGAGGAGGUGCAGUGGUAGAUCUAACUCUGGAUUCUUCCUCAGAGGAAGAGGGAGGAGGGGCUGGAGGGGACAGUGAGGACACAGAGGACAGCGCUGACAGUCCAGCCCCAAAGAGGGGUCGCUAUAACUACGACAAAGACCUGGUCACCGCGUACUGACCUGCUCACGAGUGCCCUCAAAGACUGACCCGCUUACAGAGACGGGGCGACAGGACAGGAUCACAGUAAUCCACUAGAUGCAAAUAUGCCCUCCCUUUUGACACUUCAUCAGAGUUUUUUGGGUAACUCUGAUUUCUUUCCAGACAGCCAAUCAUGCACUGUAUGGUGUGAGUAGGAUACUUAUUUGUACUGUACACCACUCAUCUCUUAAGUGAUUUCAGCGUUCCCUUACAGUGAAUAUGUGUAAUGUCCAAGGAGACUGAAUGGAUCAAGCACCCUCCUCCCCAGACUCCUUCGGUUUGACCACAUCACUCCCUGUAUUUGGAUGAACAGGUUAACUUAGCUGUGGGCAUGGUUUUAUUGUCACAUUUGUGAUGGACAGGCAUAAAAACAAAGGGUUAUCUCAGCUGUGUGUGGUUGAAGAGCAUAUUUAAAACCAUCGGCAAAAUGUCUGAAAAAAAAUAAUUUUCUGUUUUCUUCAGGAAAUUAGUUAAUAGCUUGAAAGAGAUUUUCAGGAACCUGUACGGUGAGAGGACAAGAAAUGCUUUCCACUUUUAUUUUGUCCUUUUUCAGAAGAAAAACCUACCUCAGUCAUAAAAAAAUAUUAGACUGACCAGGGAGAUGCUUAGAAAUGUGAUCUGAAGAAUUGUUGAGUCUCUUUCAAUUUUACACUGGACAAUUAUUUUAUCAUUUGUUUAUUUGAUGGUUUUAAUGCAGCUUGGUGCCCUCUCAAGAUAUAGCUUCAUCCAAUAAUGUUUUGGUUUGACAAAGUCAAAAUGCAUGCAACUCUUCAAAAUUACUGUAUGGCAGCCAUGCCAAAGCUGUCUGUAUUUGAAAACUGGCUGAAAUGAUUCAACUCAGUCGUAGUGUUGGUGCCUUGGUUUCUUUUGUAGGGACUAGAGUUUUUGCUUUGAAGCUGGCUGUGCUGGCGAGCAGUUUUGAACCCCAGUUUUCUAAGUUAUGAAGUCCAUAGGCUUUUGCUUUUAGCUUCACAAUCUCCUUGCUUGUAGUCAGUUGAGUUUUCAUAAUGGUUGUUUAGGUUAAGUCUAAUUCAACAGAAGCUUGUUCAGUGUCAGGGAGCAGUAAACUUGUUUAUGUUUUGGGUACUGCAGGUCUGGACUCGAGGCUGUGUAUGUCGAGUAGUUGCUUUUUCAUGACAAUACAAAGCAUUACACUCUGUUUCACUGUGCUGGUUUCAGCAAGUCUGAUUUAAUGAAAGAUAUUGAAGACUUGAUACAUACACAACCCCAGUCUGUCUUAAGUCAUCAGGUUGACCUCCCUUGAGACAAGUGGAGGCCCCUAUAGUUCUGAUGUGUGCUUUCAGAGUAGAAAUUGUUAAUUAUAUUUGCUGCAGACAAGGAUCCGUGCUGAAUAUUGACUACUAGGACUCCCUCACACUAGCACUAGUAUUUUCAGUUGGCCAUGCAGUGCCAGAAGUAAUGUCUGGGUGUGCUGCUCUCCGAAUAGUCUGUUUUUAUUGGACAUGUGUUAUUAAAGCUCUUUACAAUUUUACCUGCUUCUUCCCAAAUUUCCACUUCUUUUCAUCCGUCUUUUGCAUGUUUUGAAAACGUGAAAGUCUAAAUUGUUUUUUCCUCAUUCAUGAUCACAGUUUCAACAUCACUUCAGUGUCACACAGGCUUGAUGAUUGAAAAACAAGGCCAUGAGAAAUCUGGUCUUCCAUUUUUGCUCAUUGCUGUUGAAAAAAUAAAAUCAAUAUAGGAAUGAAAUAUAUUCACUUCUCUUCAGAGCUUUGAUUGAUGACACUUUGCCUAUAAUACAUCAGUCGCCAUCUGAAAUAACUGAUCUAUAUGAAAUGCAAUUUUGGAAAAAAUACACUUCCCAUUUGUGGAAUAUUUGUAUCUGUAAGUAACCGUAAAGAACAGCACCAACAGUUAAGUGUCCCAAGUCGUAGAUGGUUAUUAUUUGUACUUAAAAUUAUUUUUGUUUUUGUUAAUGAAAGGCUGCUUCUGUGGACUUGAGCUUUGCCAUACUGCAUUCUUUGGUUACAAGAGCUAAAUCUGGUAUUUUUGGGGGACAUAUUUAAUAUUACAUACAGUAGCAUGGGCAGAGGCUUAUAAUCCAUGAUGUAAAUGUUUUGUUUGUGUUUUUAUAUGUUCAUAUUAUGACAAUAAAAUUUAAAUAAUAUUUUAUAAAGUGUUCAAUUGCCUUUAGUUGUUCGCUAGACAAAUGGACAAUAAAAACCUCAUGAGGACACCAGCAUAGCCAAUACUACAAGAGAAAAGGUGAAAAGGGAGGACUGGUGAAACUGAUCAUUUUCUGAAUCCACAGCUCACAUCUGGAGAGAUUUGAAUGCCUGUUAAGGGUUACGUGUAAAAUCUAAAAUGCUCAUUAUCUAACAGCUGUUAUUAAUGUGUGAAAUAAUUAAAAGUCUCUUCUUAACUUGUCUAA